ACCCCAAAGCGUUCUUUCCCUUGCGCUCUGUUUCCUGCUCCCAAACACGGCGUUCACGAUAAACCCUCUUCUGAACCCUCACGGCCUCCUUCUUUUGAGCCCUUACGGCCUCCCCCACUCUGCUCGGUCUCUCUCUCUCUCUCUCUUCAAUGGCGUCACGAAGAGGGGGAGUGAGUCUACCGGAGAGGCGAGAGAGAAGGAUCAACAAGAGCCAACAAGGGGUGCUCUCUAAGGUUUCCGCAACAUUCUCUCAAUCUCCAAUUGUGUACCAGGGUAAGCGUGUGGCGUCCGACGCCGCCUUCGUGACGAAGAAGCUCCUAAAGAGCACCGGGAAGGCCGCCUGGAUCGCCGGCACCACCUUCCUCAUCCUGGUUGUGCCGCUCAUCAUCGAGAUGGACCGCGAGCAGCAGUUGAAUGACCUGGAGCUCCAGCAGGCCAGCCUGCUAGGCACCCCUCCCGUUGUCUCGCACAAGUAACUCUCUCUUCUCUCUUUCUAUCUCUCGGGCAUUUCAUCACAACCCUUCUGUAUUCCGACUUCCGGGGGUUUGUUGGGUUUUACUGCAUCACGAUGAUCUGUAUUUUUAGGAGAUGGAGUCAUAGAAAAUUGUAGGGUUAUAGAGGGUUUUUCAAUUGGAGAGUUGCUAUUGGUAAUGUUAGUUUUAUUCCCCAACGGCCAGGGGAGAUUUGGGGACUUAAUAUUGUAUUUUUGAAUUUCUAUAAAUUCUGUAUUUUUAGUGAGCUCUGUUUAAAAUCAUUUAAUGGUUUAAUAAAUCCUACAACAUUUUGCUAA